CGUGCGCUCGCUGCGCACCGCGGCCUCGCCCUUGCCCUCCGCCCCUGCGCCUGCACCGCGUAGGCCGCCCCCCGGCGCGCACCCCUGAGGCGACCCCCGCCCGCGCCCCGGCUGGCCCCCGCCAUUCCAAAUUUAAAGGGGGCGCAGCAUUCACGCCUUCCGGCCCAGGUGACCUCUCAGGGGUCUCCCCGCCCGAGGUGUUCCGCCGCCGAGGAACAUGGCGAAGGUGGAGCAGGUCCUGAGCCUCGAGCCGCAACACGAGCUCAAAUUCCGAGGUCCCUUCACCGACGUUGUCACCACCAACCUAAAGCUUGGCAACCCGACAGACCGAAAUGUGUGUUUUAAAGUGAAGACCACGGCACCACGUAGGUACUGCGUGAGGCCCAACAGUGGGAUCAUUGAUGCAGGGGCCUCUAUUAAUGUAUCUGUGAUGUUACAGCCUUUCGAUUAUGAUCCCAAUGAGAAAAGUAAACACAAGUUUAUGGUUCAGUCUAUGUUUGCUCCAACUGACACUUCUGAUAUGGAAGCAGUAUGGAAGGAGGCAAAACCGGAAGACCUUAUGGAUUCAAAACUUAGAUGUGUGUUUGAAUUGCCAGCAGAAAAUGAUAAACCACAUGAUGUAGAAAUAAAUAAAGUUAUAUCCACAACUGCAUCAAAGACAGAAACACCAACAGUGUCUAAAGCUCUGAGUUCUUCUUUGGAUGACACUGAAGUUAAGAAGGUGAUGGAAGAAUGUAAGCGGCUGCAGAGUGAAGUUCAGAGGCUGCGGGAAGAGAACAAGCAGUUCAAGGAAGAAGAUGGACUUCGGAUGAGGAAGGCAGCGCAGAGCAACAGCCCCGUUCCCGUGUUAGCUGCGGCUGGGAAGGAGGAGGGCCUCAGCACCCGGCUACUCGCGCUGGUGGUUUUGUUCUUUAUCGUCGGUGUAAUCAUAGGGAAGAUCGCCUUGUAGAGGCAGCAGGCAAAGGAUGGUAAAUUGGAUUGAUGGCUCCGCCAUGUCAUGGGAUUUAAGUGUAUCAUAACCGCGUGUAAAAAGAAGUUAAUGUAUGAUGACAUCUCACAGGUCUUGCCUUUAAAUUACCCCUCCCUGCGCGUGUGUGCUGCCGCACGCGUGCACACACACACAUAGAACAUAAAAUAACAAUCUUUUAGAAAGUUUAACACGUAUAGUGAAUGAUCGGGGGAAAAGAAUGAUCCUUAUUAAUGACAAGGGAAACCAUGAUUAAACGAGACUGGCAUGUUGUACAUGUCAUUUUAAACACUUGUAGCCUUGGUCCAUGUUGCUAAUCACCUCUCUUCCAACACGACACUCUUCCUUGCCUGUUGGUGCUGGCCCUCGGGGAGCUGGAGCCCAGCGCGGUGGAGAGUGCAUCCCCCCCAAGGCGUCCUCCCCGCACUGCUCGCUCCCUCCGGGCUGCUCCUCCAUGUCUGCCCCGGCCAUCAGUUCCCUGGGACUGAUGGAGAGAGUCUGAGGCCGAGAAGAACGGCGCUGUGGCAGCAUCGGCUAUGCUGGGAGGUGUAUGUUGCCCGAGUGACCCAAUACUCUGGAAAUAGAAGUCAGUGAAGGCUUUGUUCUCUUAAAGGGACCAAGCUAGAUAACUAUUGGUUCAUGUCAUGAGAUUGAAUUGUUAUUCAGAGAUGUUUAAUGCAUAUUUAACUUAUUUAAUGUAUUUCAUCUCAUGUUUUCUUGUCACAAGAUUAUAAUUAACUCUGUGGCCUAAAAUCACCUGUGCUACCUAACUCUGCUGGGUGAAGCUGGCAUUGCUGCUGGAGGUUCUGGGCUGUACACACAGAUGGAGGUGCGGCUCAUUGGAACGCUGGAAAACGGCUGCCGGGAAGUGGUUUUCUGUGCAAAUAAGUAACGACUCUCGUAGGGAGGGGAGUGCUUAGUAGUGACAGUCAGCUCUAGGUCACGCUCUCUGUGGGGAAGGGCAGCCGAUCUCUGUACUGUUCUUUCUUUCUCCACUCCUCAGCCACCACUCACGCUUCAGCACACGUGCCCCAGUGUGGCCCUGACCUUCCCCGUGUGGCCCUAGCUGGGGAUCAGGGCAUGUGAGUCAGGCAGCAGAGGGGUGAGCAGAGAGGAAACCGGCUCGGUGGGGUUGGGAGGGGGUGGGAGAGAAACGUCAGAUAAUCCGUCAAGUAGUGAUCGAGAGUUUGUGAAUUAAUUUUAUGCCAUAAAAGACCAAUCCAAUUCUGUUCGACUAUGUAGCAUCUUUAAAAGAAAAAAAAAUUAAAAUAAAGCCCCCAAAUUAAGAGUUCUUUUGUCAUUUUGUCACUUGUGCUAAAUGGCGGGGGGAGGGAGACAUUAUUUUUAUCAUUAUUAUUUUGUCAUUGGAAGGUUGAUUUAAAAAUGAACCCUAUCGAUGAGAAAUAUAACAUGUUUACUGUCCAUCCUGAGAAGUCGCGGUAAACGUUGACUAGACCUCGUUCUCGACCACACACCCAUGGCGUGAAGCUAUGGAAGGCCGGCUGCCCGGUUAUAACUUACUCUCCAGUCUCUAUUCCGUGUGGACCCAGGUACUUAGGAAAAGGAGUGAGAAGACUGAGCUGGGAAGCCUGUGCUUCCUGCUGUUUUCUCCAAGUGGAGUAAAACCUAUCUGAGUGUAGGAGUUGCAACGAAUUGCUCUUCAUGUGGCUUCUAACACCUCAUGACCUUGAAAGGAGAGUGAUGGGGGGGUGCCUCAAAUAGUGCCUGGGGGUGCAGUACAGUCCCAUUCCUCUAGAGCAGGAGUUGGUAGACGUUUUCUUAAAGGAUGUUGCCGUGUGUACCAUUGAAACUUUAUUCACAAGAACAGCUGCUGGGAUUUGGCCCGUGAGGCUGGAGUUUGCUGGCGCCUGUGGUCGAGUGACCAGGUUCUCAAAAAGCGUACCUGGGACACUUGUGUCUUAGGUCUUUGGAAGUGACUAAGUGUUUCGUGUGCAUCUAGAAGGAAUUCAGCUUCUCCGAGGAUGGUGGCAUUUUGUGUGUAGCUAAAAAUCAAAAUCUAAAAUCCAAAGUUGUCUCUUAAAACUAAUCAUCCUGUGAAACCUCUUUCUGUUUUCGGGGCUAGGACUUGGUGAGCACCUGUUGAGCUUUUUGACUGAGUGGAAAAAGGGAACAUCUCCCCCCCGCCCCAGGGAGAGGAGGAGAGUGGUGAUGGGCAGAGCGGACACCAUGCCAGUGACCCUGGUCAGUGAAGUGUGUGUCAGGGAGGAGAACGUGUGUGGAGCAGGCACUGCUCUGGUUCAGGGACCAUUUUAAGAGCCACAGACACUCAAGAUCUCGAACCUGGAGAAGCACGCACUUUUUUUUUUUUAAAUUUUAUUUAUUUUUGAACGUUUUGGGUUUUCGUUGCUGCGCGCGGGCUUUUUUUAGUUGCGGCGAGCAGGGGCAACUCUUCGUUGUGGUGUGUGUGCUGCUUCUCAUUGCUGUGGCUUCUCUAGUUGCAGAGCAUGGGCUCUAGGCACGCGGGCUUCAGUAGUUAAUGGCUCGUGGGCUCAGUAGUUGUGGCGCAGGGGUUUAGUUGCUCCGUGGCAUGUGGGAUCUUCCCGGACCAGGGCUCGAACCUGUGUCCCCUGCAUUGGCAGGCGGAUUCUUAAUCACUGCGUCACCAGGGAAGUCCCAAGCAUGCACAUUUUGGGUGUCUUUUCUGGAAAAUGAGAGUAAAGCAGGUAGAUUGGAUGUGCGGUCCUGCCCCGUGGUCUGUUCUGUCCUGAGAGGGUGAGAGCCAAGUCACUGGAAUAAACUGGCUUAGAGCGAGCCAGGCUGAAGCUGGUUAGGGUGCUGGCCGGGAAGGGAGCCUGGGCGGGUGCAGUCAGGCUGCUCCGGUGCCUGCUGCCCUGGUUACUGGCUCACGGCACCUCUGAGAGUGGUGCCCUUGUUUUAGAAAUACCCACCACCGGGCUCGCAGAUACGGGAGAGAUGCAAGCAGUAACAGAGUCCUGUAAAUUUUUAUUGAUUGAAUUUAAAAAUUGGUAAUUUAAGCUCCCUCGGCACCUUACAAAAUACCUGAAAGACCAGCAGGCUAUGUUAUUUGUAGGUAUGAGGACCCGGCUUUCAUUUUUUUUCUCCUCCUAGUUUGCAUGUUUUCCUUCUCUAGUCUUCUAAACUGCUGGCACCAGUGCUAAUAAAUACUGAUAAAAUCAAAAUUGAUUUUUACCAGUGGACAGUUUAUGCCUAGAGAGACGGCUUAUACCUACAUAACACAGAAGGGGGAAAAAUGAAGAACCUCCAGUGAUCCGUGAAAACCUAAAAGCUUUCAAAGAAAUCCCAGGAACAGAAUUGCUAUUGGAAGAUACCAGUACUGGACUUGCAGGCUGUGUUGAGUCAGAUACAACUGAAUGAGGUGAUAGCCCAGAGCUAAAUAGCCGUUCAAAUUAAUUUGAAAACAAGCUGUGUGUGUGUAUAUAUAUAGCAUAUGUACCAUAUGUAAGUAGCUUAACAUUUUUCAAAUGGUGCCUAUAUUUUUUGCACACAAAAAUCUUUAUAUUUGCAAACUCAGAAUCCACACCAAAAUAGAAUGCCUUUUGUCAUCUUCAGCUCCUUCUUCAAAGAACUGGCCCAAUUACAAGUUUCUGGUUGUGGGUUGUUUGUGAAAUUCUUGAUUAAAAGAAAACAAGAAAAGAAAAACGAGCAAGGUGGGACUUGGGCUCGGAAGUCACCUUGAACACUUGAGCAACGUUUAACCUCCGAGACCUUGGCAGGUGGAGAGGCCGCUGCUCCCCCUGCUGGUGAUGGCCGUUCACUGACUCGCGUCUCGCUGGGGCCCUGGGGCGGGAGCGGCCUCUUCCUGUUGAGACAGUCGGGCUAGAGCAGGAGGAGCUUUAAGUAAUACAUGGAAUUAUCAGAGUUCCCACUCUGAGGAGGCCUGGCUCAGUGAAGCGUGGGCCGAGGUUGCUGCUGCCGAGAGAUGAGCGGGAAUGGGGUUGUAUUUAGAAAGUCCCCUGCACGGUAGACGGAAGACUCCAGCUCAGGGCACGCAGAUCCGAUAAGACCCGAAAGGGCGGCUUGGGACCACGUGUGCCCCACGAGAAGCGAGGUCCCUCAGGGUUCCUGGCCCGAUUGGGUUUGGAGAAAACUUAUUAGUCUUUUUAAAAGCCUUCCUCAGCCAGAGCUGCUUUGACAGUAACCUCUUAGAGAAAGUCGCUGUUGUUAGGACGCCCUCCCACCCCGUGCAGAGCAUCCGAUAGGUUCACUCACUGGCUUAAUGCUCACGACGACUGUGAUGGGGAUGGGGGCGUGAGGGCUCUAGUUUUGCACGUGGGAAAUGCAGCCUCCGGGAGGUUAAACGGGGCGGCUUGUUAGUACCUCUCAUUUGGAAUGAAGUCAGUCUCUGGCAAGCCUGCUGCGAGGGCCUAAAUCGCCAGGACGCUGUUUCAACCACAAAAACCAGUCAGAGGAGCGGCGAGAAAGGCCUCGGUGAAUUCACAGGGGCUGAUCUCAGCAGCACUGAUCUUCGUCCACCUUCCAGGUGUUUGCCUUCGUCCCUUCUGCAGUGAUUUUAAAGAUAAAGUAGACAGAAUCAGGACUCUCCUUCAGAUGCUUUGUAUUUUGCUUUUUGAAACUAAGCACACUUCAGGCAGUGAAGAAAUGUAUGUUUUCCAUUUUCUCACUGCCUGAAGAUCUCUGCAUGAUGCUCCUGGGGAAUGAGUUUGGGGGCUUGAGAAAGAAAAUUACUAGCUUGUCUCAGCGAGGUGAUAAUGAGAAGGCUUUCCAGGGAGGCUUUACGAAACUUGUGAAUUAAAUGGGAAGCGAAGGCAGUUCAUUAAAAUUGGUGUCACAGAAGUGGCCUGCUGAGGUUCACAGCAGCCGAGCCGCUGGUCUCAGCCCUCUCCCCCGAGUUAGCGCUGUGCUUCUCCGGGAAAUCACCGGAGGGAGCCAGUAAUAGCAGACCCCGAUGAGGCACAUCGGCGGACAGGCAGACUGGACAGGCUGUGAACGUGGAUCUCCAGCGAGAUUCACAGACCCUUUUCCUCCUGCGUCUGAAUCUCACCAGCCGCGUACUUAGCACGCAAGGCUUGGCCUCCAGGACCAGGAGUUGGGGUACACAAGGCCCUACACCCCCGUGCCGACGACACAGACCCCACUCUUGUUAGCUACGGCCCCGCCACUGAAAAGCGAGGUGUCCUUCUCAUUGUCAUCACAGAGGUAUUCUGAAACAUUUAGAAGACGUGAGCACACACACACAGUUGUGUGUAAGAGUUAAAAGUGAAACCAGUAGAGGUGGAUGAGAAGUUGUCUCAGUAUAAUUACUUCAGGUUUUCUUCUUAGUGCAAAUAAUCAUCAGAAAAUGCCUGCAUCCAAUCAGUAGGGAAGGAAAAAAGAACUAGCAACAAGGAUACAGCUGUUAUCUAACAUGCCAUAUAUAUUUGCAAUUAUGAUACCUUGGAAUGUUGCCACAAUAUGGAUUGCUUUGAUUAAAAGAUGUCAGUUGAAUAAAACAGUACCGUGGGAUAAUAGUUUUCUGCUGCUAAGUAAAUGCUAAUGUUUGUUUUUAAACCAGGAAACAUUGAUCCUGUGACAAUACCGUAUUACAGUUACUUUCUUAUACCGCAGGGUUGAUGUGUAUUUAAUCAUCUGGCUCAGGGUGGGUGGGUGCAGGGCUGAUGCUCGCUCCCCCGUCCUGCUCACCUCUGCAUCCUGAACGGCAGGAGCUCCGCCCGGCUCCCGCAGGUGCAGCUGCGGCCCCGGAGGGUUUCGUCUCACUGAUAGCCAGCGCCGAGUCUGGCCGAAACAGAACAGGUUACUUUUUGUUCGUUUGUUUCCUUCAGCAACUGCCAACUAGGGGAGACAAAUCAGAUACCUUAACCCGAUUUCAUUAAGGCUUAGUGCUAACAAGAAUGCAUAGCUUUUUGUGAUUGAGGAUGAUAAAUUAGCAUGCAUGUUUCUCACAUCAGCUCGAUGGUUUUCCAUGUAAUACGAAGAGGUCUGGUUCUUUUUAUGAACUGGCUGCCUGCAUUCCCAUCUGUCUUUUGUAUUUUAUUUAUUUUUUAAUUUUUAUUAUUUUUUUUGCGGUACGCGGGCCUCUCACUGUUGCGGCCUCUCCCGUUGCGGAGCACAGGCUCAGCGGCCAUGGCUCACGGGCCCAGCCGCUCCGCGGCAUGUGGGAUCCUGCCGGACCUGGGCACGAACCCGUGUCCCCUGCAUCGGCAGGCGGACUCUCAACCACUGCGCCACCAGGGAAGCCCUGUCUUUUGUAUUUUAGAAGUAACUUAAAUUCAGCUGUUAACCUCUAGUGCAGCAUUCAUUUAAAAAUACUUCUUUCCCCUUGAUAAUUUUCUUUGGAUUCAAAGGUCAGAGUUUACUGUCUGUCCUACUGAGACCAUGUGUAUGUACAAGAACUGCUGCUUGCUUUUCACCACUCCCUCAUUCAGCAAACGUUGAUCAAUUUACCUUCUCUGUGUCUGAUCCCGAAUGAGAUGCUGGGAAAUUACUCAGUGGGAAAGAGUGUGUUUUUGUGUUUUUCAUUCGUAAGCAGCCUCAGUAAGGUGCCUCACGCUCCUACCUAGAAAAACGCAAAAUACAUUUGGUUCUCUUUUCUCUUGCUAGUGUUUCGUGUUUUUUUUAAAGACAGUUACCCCUGUUUUGACAUGGAAUUCCUUUAAAAAGCUGGUGUAGGAAAGGACUCUUUACCAUCGUACGUGUUGGUUAUCUGAUGUGUAAUGAAUUCACGGUUUUAUGGCUGAUUUUCUGUUCUCCGGAGGGAAGGAGGUGUAUUCCUGCAGCGGCCAGCUCGAGAGAGCCGUUCACAGCAUGUUCUCACAUGUUCCGUGUCAGCCUGAUGAAACCUGCCCUGCUGAGGCAUGAACUUCUGUACUAGCCAUCUCCAUAUUAUGUUCAAUAAAUUCUGUGCUCUGAA